AUGUCCGUCUCCUUUUCAACUCCACCCAUUGUCGAACUCAUGCUCGCCGCAACUCAUUCACGGGCGCUCAUCGCCUCCUCACCCCCCUUUACUCGCCACCUCUUCACCUCACCCAAAGCCGGUUUCUUCACCGCUGUCCUUCUGGAUGGAAGCAUCCAAGUCCAAUCGCCUCUCGGAUUCGAAGGAACCGACGGACUGGUCAAGGUCAACGCUCGACUUUUGCGUGACUACAUCCAAAGGGCCCCUCACCCACCUUCCAAGGACUAUAUCACCCUCUCCUAUUACCAGUUCCGACCUAUCCCCCAAAAGGAUGAUCUCUUGAAGAUCCAGUACUUCUUUCUCACAGACCUCCGUGCUAUGGAUGUCGUGGGAAGAAUAUACGUCUCGGCCGAGGGUAUUAACGCCCAGAUCAGCUGUCCCAAGGAUCGGGUAGAGGACUUUAAGGAAUAUUACGCCACCCAAUGGCCCAUCUUUGACAAGAUCCGUUUCAACCCUGCCAUGUCCGAGGGUAAGGCCUUCAAGAAGUUGCACGUCCGAAUCAAAGGCCAGUUGGUGGCGGAUGGGAUUGACAAUAGCUCCUUUGAUAUCUACAACGAGCCAACAUACCUGACUCCUGAGGAGUGGCACAACGAGUUGUCUUCCCAAACAACACCUCCUAUCCUAAUCGACAUGAGAAACCACUAUGAAAGCUCAAUCGGACACUUCGAGCAUGCGAUCCGCCCAGAUGUGACGACGUUCAAGGAGAACGUGGAUGCGAUGUUGGAUAUUUGCAAGGGCAAGGAGGACCAAGAGAUCUACAUGUACUGCACCGGAGGAAUUCGCUGUACCCGAUCAGGCGCGCUUCUCAAGUCGAGCGGAUUCAAGUCAGUCAAGAUGCUUCGCGGAGGCGUCACCGCCUACGGGCGCUACAUCCAAGACCAGCGAGAACAACAAAUCGCAGAGGGUCGCGGCGAGGAAGAGGUCAAAUCGAUCUACAAAGGCAAGAAUUUUACGUUUGACAAGCGUCUUGGAGAACCCAUCACGGACGAAGUUUUGGCGACGUGUCAUAUCUGCGGCACUGCCUGUGACACUUACUCGAACUGCUCCAAUAUGGCUUGUAACUUGUUGAUGAUAUCUUGCCCAGCCUGUCAACAGAAGCACCAGGGCACCUGUGGAUCUGGAUCGUGUGUCGAGAUGGUACAGGAAUUGAACGAGAAACAGAAGAAGAUUGAUAAGAACCAUCCGGGUCUGAGGGGAAUGAAGGCUCGUCUUGGUGUUCAGCCCUUCCAUGAACAUCGUUUACGUGUCCGCCCCUUGAAGGUCAUGGAGACUCGUAGAAAUAAAACGCGUCUCUAG